UGGAGGCAAGUGAUGUGUAUUGGGUUAAAUGGACAAAAAAUAUUUUCUUGGUUUUCAGUUGCCCUUAAAUUAUAAAAAUUAAUGAAAACAUGCACCAGAAAAAUUAAAGAUAAUUUGUGCAAAUAAAAUAUAACCUUAUGAAUAUUCAUAAUUCUUUGUUUUGGAAUGAGCGCGUGCGUAAACUAGUGGCGGGAGUUACAGCUUUGAAGAACAACAACAGACGGAAGAGAGAAAGAAGGAACGUUACAGAGACUUAAAAAUGACAACUGAAAUGAGAAAAAGAGACUUAGAUGCACACAGAAGAUCGAGAGAUCGAAGAAAUCAACACUUUUCCAGAAGGGAAGAAAAGUCUUCUGGACCACUUAGCCCUCUGAGAAGUCCUAUGAAUAGAAAAAUACAGUCAGAUAUUAACUGUGAAAAGAACAGGGAUAGAAGAGGAUGUUGGAAGCAACUGGGUCUUACUGAUGAGUUUAUGGAUGAUGAAAAUGAGUACCCAGAAUUACAGUGUUCAAAGUUUAUGCCAGAAUCUUUCACAAAACUAUCCAAUGGACUUAAUAUGAGUUGGGCAGAGCAAGUUGAAUUGGAACAAGAAAACUCAAGUUACACACCAGACAGAUCAGGAAAAAGAUUACAGUGGGAACAAGGAGCAGAUGGAAAUAGGUUUGCUGGAAGAAGAAGAUUAGAAAUGAAAGGUGAUGAUAAAAGGGAACAAAGAGGUGCAAGAAGGGGUUCACCAAUGGAAAAAGAAACAGAUGAAGCUAUACUGGAGAGAAGACAGAAAGCAGUGGACUAUGGGAAGAACACAUUAGCUUAUGAUGAGUACAUAAAGGCAGUUCCAAAAAAUCAAAGAAAGAAAGGCCAUCCUAGAACUCCAAACAAGUUUAUGAAGUGUAGUAGGAGAUCAUGGGAUUGUCAGGUCAGAUACUGGAGAAUCAAUUUACACCAGUGGGAUCCCCCUCAUGUUAAACAACAGAUGGAAAAUAGGAAGAACCACAUCUUUGACAGUUCAUCAGAAGACACAGCCUAUUCCACAUCUCCCUCCGACUGUGAGAUGGAAUCCCUUUCAUCAUCCACAAAUGAUUCAGCGUCCACUUCAUCCAACAUCAACGUACAUAUCAAAAACCAAAUCAACAAGAUCAAACACGAGGUUGACAACAUAUUCCCCCCGCCAGCUUACAUCCAGACUGCCGACUCUAAAACUGAGGACAAUCAGACAACAGAUAACCAAUUAGAGGAUAAAUUCUUUGAAGAUUUUGAAUUGGAUCUGUGUCUUAAGGAAGAGGAGGAGAUUUACUGAAAUCAUGAAUUUGUCAUUGACCAGAUUUACUUGUUAGAAUUCUCACUAUUACUUGUCCACAAUUUUUACUUUUAUAGUUUCAUAUAAAGAUUUUAAUUCUUAAAAUGAGUGAAUGAAAAAGAUAUGAUUUAUUUUUUUACUGAAAUGUUGUGUGUUUUUUUUAUGUACCAGUUUUAAUUUUAAGAUAAGGAAUUACGUAGUUACAUUUUUUUAACAUGUAUAAAGAUCAGGAAUUAAAAAAAGAUUUUAUUUUAAUUCAGUCAAAAGAGAUUUUAUCCAAUCAAUAGUGCUACUUGAGUUUCAGGUUAAUGUACAGUGUAUGAUAUACUGAAAAUUUAAACAUUGUGUAUAGUUUAACAAUAGAAACAGAUUUUGGGGGUGGGAAUAAAUAAAAAAAUAGAUGUCAUGAAGAAAACAUUUUUUCCCUAUUUUCUUCUAGGAAAAAAAAGAACAUUAAAUAUUUUGACAUUAUAGAUGUUCAAUUUACUUAAAAUUACCAAUUUAAAACUUGAAAGAGAUUUGAACUAAUUAUACAUGAAAGUAAAUAUAAGGAACAUUUUUAGUGUAUUAAACCUCUUGUAAAACUUUUGCUCAUUCUAAUUAAUGUACAACAUCAAUUCCUCAUUUCCUGUUGCAAUAAAAAUAGAUUUACCUAGAAGUAGAAAUAUUUUUAUUAGCAGUCCAAUUCAAACAUUAAUGGUACCCAGGGAAGGCAAUUUUGAUUUGAAGUUACCAUAUAGAAAUAAUUUUCAUACUUUAAGAAAAAAAAAACUCUACAAAAAAUGUAAAGCGUCUUCCCUGGAUCUCAUAUUUGUUUAAUGGAUCAGUCUUUGUAAAAGUCAGAAAUCAUGGCUAAAGAUCAGUCUUAUUUGAAUAAGAAUUUGAAAAAGAAAAAAAAAAUUGUAAAACAGAAAAAGUAUAAAAAAAGAAUUUCAUUGGUAUAUAUGCAUGUAGUGUUUAAUGAAUGUUGUGUCAGAUUGGAAUUGUGUGAAGAAAUCUAAAAAAAUUACAUUGGAACAAUGGAAUAAUACAAUAUUACUAGAAAGAAGUUAAAGUCCAUUUCACCCCAUCAUGAUUUAUAUGAAUUAAUAAUACCAAACAUAAACAAAAAAAAAAGAUAUAGAAAUGACAAAAAUGUUGUUUUACUAAUGUCCACAUUGUUAACAGAAUAUACUAGUUUUUAAACAUCUGAAUAUGUAGUAGUAAUAAUCAGCUUUAGCUUUGACCUAAAAUAUGGUUUUACAAGUAACAUGUAAAAUAUUUUGUAUAUUGGAAUCAAAAUUUAAUCAUAUGUGGUUCAUGUUUUUAAAAGAAUUUGUAUUAUAGAGCUGGUACAAAAUUUUACAGGAUGACUACUGAGUUCUGCAAUUUUAGGGACGCUGAUAUUAAGGAAACUGGACUAAGACAGAAAAGCAUUUUAUUUAAAAGAAUAUUUUUAUGGCUGUUCCAAAUGAACUGUAUAAAUGUUUGGGAUGACAUUUUAAUUGAAAAACUUUUUAUUUUUUUUUACACAUUCUUUUUUUUAAUGCUUUUCAAAGAGUUAUAUAUUCAAUGUAUUUGAUGAUGUACCUGUUGAAAAAAAACAUUAAAAAAUAAAUUUAUAGCAAUACAA